AUGGAGCCCUUCCCCCUGCGCGUGUUCGUGAACCCCAGCCUGCGGGUGCUGGACAGCCGCCUGGUCACGUUCCCCGAGGGCUGCGAGAGCGUCGCCGGCUUCCUGGCCUACGUGCCCCGCUUCCAGGCCGUGCAGAUCUCAGGGCUGGACCCCAGAGGAGAGCAGGUCGUGUGGCAGGCCAGUGGGUGGGCAGCGCGCAUCAUCCAGCACGAGAUGGACCACUUGCAGGGCUGCCUGUUCAUUGACAAAAUGGAUAGCAAGACAUUUACAAACAUCCACUGGAUGGAGGUGAAUGACUAAACCUUUCCUGAGGAUUCGGAAAACCAGGACACAGACACUUCAGCUUUGAGCCAGGCUUGUCUCACUUGGCGUUGACUUGCCUCCGACACAAAACAGUGGACUUCCGAAGCAUGCCAAACUGAGUUGGAGGAAGAUGUUAAAAACGAUUGCUCCAGGUUGAGCUAUAAAAUACUGCCUUUCACUUGAGAAGAAAACUAACUCCCCUAAAAGAAUGGACAUAUCCUGAUAAUUUUGUAUGGAGGAUGAGUGGGGCAAUAACCACUCUCAGUAGAUACGACUUCGUAAGACCUGUGCCAUCUAUUCCCAAAGCCAAGAUUUGGUAAUAAAUGUAGUUCCAGAAUAUCUGAAAGCUGUGUUCAAAAAUGCA